UCUGCCGCCUCUCUGCGCUGCGUUUGGCGCUGCCUGCAUGCGCAAGACUGCCCAGGCUGAACAUGGAGCCUAUAGCCUGAAUGUAUGCCUGUGUGCGGAGGGCUGGGGUUGAAAGGAGAGCUUUUGCACCUGUGUUUCUUGCCUUUGUCCUUGGUAAAGUUUUUUCUUUCUUUUUCUUUUUUUUUUUUUUGCUCGGUUCAUCCACUUCGGGUGGACCUGCUAUGGCUGGAAAACAACAAAAAGCCAACACGUUUAGAGAUCGAUUGCGCAAGUGAUGGAAGCAGGGGGAUGUUGUGUGGAGAGUUAAAACACUGAUGGCCUCGACUGUUGUUUAACAUGUGCCCAGUUACUCAACCAAAGUCGAAGGUUUUUGGACUCGCCUUCGGGGUCGCCUCAGGAUCGCUGCGCGCACCUCCUUUCAGGCUGCACAAGAAUGUGUUUUUAUGGUUGCAUUAGCCGCCCAUAUGCAAAAAGUACAUUCAGUCCCGUACGUGAGUGCCAAAUGCAGGACUAGUUGAGUCGGACCGUCUGCUGUUGCUCGAAGGAGAAGUGCUCGGCGCCCGUCGUGUUGUUCCCAAACCACUUUAGACGCGACCAAAGUGCGUCGUGCGCCUCGUUUGGCUUUAAAUCGUCUCGGCGAAAGACGUAUUUCUCCGAUUACUCUCGUCUUCCUGCUUCAGUGCGGCCGUUUUUGAUAGGCUGUGUUGGCAAUUAGUGUUUGGCGCAUUCCUAACUGAGCGAGACGUGGUGGGAAACGACCACCUUGGGACGUUACCAACUUCAAGUAGACAUGCAUUGUUUAUUUUGUUAGUAAAAAGUCCAUGGAUUUGGAUUUUUUUGGCUGCUUUUUCGGAAGCUGCAUGUAGCAUAACAGAAGGAUGCAUUGUUUACAGUGGUUUUAAUCCGACUUUUGAUAAAAGACCCGAAACAAUUUGGCAUAAAAUGUCAAAAACAUAGCAGCUAUUUUGGUAAACGUUCGGUUUUUGUGCAAAAAAUGCCAAAUGUAUGUGAAAUAAGUGAAUCAUUUGUGAUUUUUGAAUUGUUGGUCCGACAAAACAAACAACUUGAAGAUUUCUCACUGGACUCGGAGCUUGUUUUGAACUCCUUUUUUUGCUUGUUUGCUGGUGUUUUUACUGUGUAAAAGUUUGUUUACUUCCUAAACUAUUGACAGAUUCUGACAUUUUCUUGAUUUUGGCUCUGGAAAAUGUAAGGAAAUUUCUUUAGAUGACUUGUUUUUGUAGCCAAAAGUCCGAAUUCCAAAAUAUUUUGUUUACUAUCAAAUAAGACAAAUAAAAACAAAAAAAAACGCAUCAAAACGGUAGAACUGAUACAAGGUUAAGUUAAUAAUCUUUUAUCAGAAUAGUUGUCAAUUUAUCUUGUCUGAUUAACCGACUAAAUGUUGCUUUGUGAGCUCAUUUUCCCUCUCUAACCUGUUGCCCUUCUUUAUAUGCACUAAAGAAAACACUGGAGUCAUAUUCCUUUUCUGUGUUCACAUAUUUGACCAAUAAAGCUGAUUCUGAUUCUAAGCUUCAUAGUUUGUGAUUCUCCCCGUUAUCAUUUAGCAUUUGUGUCCGCUUGUAAAUCAUCUGCACAAGUUUUCCAGGGAAAGUUGUAGCAGCAUCUCCGCUGCUACAACACGCACAAGCCCAUUGAGAAAUCCUUCACAGAGGGCAGAUGGAAAGGCAGAGUACAGUACAGUAGAUGUGGAUUUUGGAUGGUAGAUUGAGUUGUGAAUAUCUGUGCUACUUUUAGUCUCUGCACACCACUCUCAUGUUUCUCUGCGUUUGCCAGACCCCUGUCUGUGUUCCGAUGAACCUGGUGCCAAGGCUUAUGUAUGAGCAGUUCCCACGCUUGCUCUCGGAAAAGGAUCUUCCGUGAUUCCAAAUGAUCCUUUUAAUGACACAUUAAGCACUAAUUAGAACUCAUUGUGGCAACUGUGCAAAAGCAAGAUGAUUUCCCGUGGUGCAAUAGAGCCGAUUAUACUGAAUUUGUCCGGGAUGAUUGCCGCACCGCAUUGAAGAGUAGUGAUUUUUUUCUCCACUUUUAGUCACUCACAUCUCCUCACGGUCACUUCUGCUCUUCUUUCAGCCCUUGAGGCCGCUGUACCAGGCUUUGAUGCCCACACGCUUUGAAGCAGGUGGACAGACGCAGGCAUGAGCAACAGUGGGACCAAAGAGCCGUCUCCUCAGCCGAGCACUGCCCAGUCGCCCUCUGAGCCUCAGCGCAGGGGCAGGGGUCGACCACGCAAACAGCAGCAGGAGCCUGUUGGACCACCAACUCCAAAGCGGCCAAGAGGACGACCAAAAGGCAGCAAGAACAAAGGCCCAAGAACUGCACUGAAGAAAGUAGAAUCCGUUGGAGAGAGACGACCGCGUGGGCGACCGAGGAAAUGGCCACAGAAAGUAGUCCCAGAAGCAACUGAAGAGCAGCAGGGCCCUUCAGAGGAGGCUGAGGAGGGUCCCUCACAGCUCGACCCCUCGUCAUCUCAGGUGCCAGCACAGGAGGAAGGGGAGUAGAUAGGACGCCUCUCUACCUACCUCAAGGUUUGACCCCCAGCAGACAGGGGUACAAGCUGACUCCUAUCUGUGAUGGGUAUUCAGGAACACACACACUCACACUCAGAAAUCAUUGCAGACAGUAGUUUCCUCUCCCGAUCCGAUACUGUACCCUGGAUUUGUUGCUGACUUUAAGACGCUGGUUUGUUUCGUGAACAAACUCUGUUUUAACAUUGGGAUAUCUGAUCUUUUGAUAAGGCUUUUUUUUUUAACAAGGAAUAGUUCCACUUUAUGGGAAAUUCAUCUAUUUUGCUGAAUGUUGUAUCCGAGGAUUGGUGCUGUUGUCAUGCAGAGUGAACAUCUCUAAGACUCACUGGUUAACAUCUGCAAAAAAAGCCAAAAUAUAAAGGCUGUUUUUGCUCUUAAAGGGAUUUUGUGUGUUUGAGUUUGAGACAUUGACUUUUCCACCUGUCUCCAGUCCAUACACGAAGACACAACAACUCAUUUUUUGUUGUUGUCUCAAUCUUCUGAACCAGAAAGCAAAGAAGUGUGUUUUCCAUAAAGUCAAACUAUUCCUUCAGGUGUGCUGGCUGUCCUGAACCCCUCAGUGUGUGCGUGAGCGUGUGAGUGUGUAAGUGUGUGUGCUGGUUGUGUGGAGAGGGGGACAGGGUUGCAGAAUGAAAUGAGAGGGUUUAAGAAAAACAAAGGAACCAAACUGAACCGUUUUAUUGAGACAUGUUCACAUCAAGUGUCACAAAUCCUCGUAAAAAAACGGGAGCAAGACGGUGACAUUUUUAUCAAUGUUACAAUAUAAACAUGCUGCGCUGAAGUCAUUAUUAUAAAAGUUGCUGUGAAAGGUUUUAUUCAGGAAUGAAAUAUCCGCUUUUGUCGUGUGUCCUUUGCUCCGAAAAAAAAAUUACUUUAGCUGAAAUGUCAACGUAAGCAAAAGUACAGUGAUAUUCUUUUUGUUUCCUUCCAACCAGCAGGUGAUUUAAGAAAAAAAGCGCCCAAAGGUUUAAAUGGAUGUUUUAUUUUUGGAAAGAAACCUUUCAUGCAAACUUUAGUCAGCAACCGUGUUGACAUGUCAUUUUGCCACACUCAGGAUUUCACUAUUACAGUGCUUGUACACCAUAUUGAAACCUCAGGUACAAAAAUCUAUUCAGGAACAUGUUGUCUACUCAGUAAUAAUUAUGGUGCUGUGUUUGUUGUGCAUUUCUCACCUGUAUUUGACAUUACCAGUAUGCCUUGACACAAAGACCUCAUUUAAACCUCAGUUACCCUCAGUUUCUUAAUCUCUCAUUCUACCUCAGUAACACAAAAGACUGAAGAUCUCCAACAAAGUAACGCCUCACUCCCUCAGCAGUGACUAUCCACACUCACUGCACACACACACACACACAUGCGCAGGUUCAUCUGCAGAUAUACAGUACGGGCAUGCGUUUCAGGGUUUUUCAGGGCUACAUGCCAACACACAAACACACGGAGGCAGAUGUUACACUCCAGUAGAAGUGUACAAAUAAAAGCAUCGGUGUGAUUUCUUUUUAACAAACAAGAAAAAAAGUGUAUUUGAUAAAAACUGAAGUGAGACUUUGUUCUCCUGGGAAAUAAAAAAAAAACUGCAUCCCAUAGUUUACAACAACUUGAUGAAAUACUUGCUUUUUAGGGUGUAGUUCCUUAUGAAAUACUUGUGUUUUGGGUUUGUUAUUCUUUUCUCAUUUUUACUACAUUGUGUAUUUUCUGAUUCUUACACUGUAAAUUGUAUGUGUGACACUCUUAAUUCGUGGCAGCAAAUAACCACAAAGUGCUGAAAUACAUGAGAGUUACGGCUGACGUUAGCCAGCGGUCCUGUCAGGCCAGCAACACAACACCUGAUUGUACUGAAUUGGGAGUUCGUUUUAUUGCUCAUCAAUUCAGCUUUUAUGUCAGAGAGAAAGAAUGUGUUAUUUCUUCCCCUAAAUUUGACACAGUCUUGCUUUUAAAGAAGCAUUUCACUUACCUCUGAGUGCAAGUAGCUGUGUAGAACCCAAUACAAUGAAGUGAAUGGGAUUUCACCUGCAGUGCAUAUCAAAUUGAACAGGUCCCGUUGGAGCUACUUUCUACUAAAGAAAUGUUUUUAAGAAAAUGGUUGAGAAUAAGGUUUGUUGAUUGUCCACAUUAACAUUAUUUUGUGCAAAAUUUUGUAGGCUCUCUAUGGUAUUUUUGACAUACAUUUCUAUUUUUAUUUCUCCAUCGUCAUGGAUCAUGCAUAAAAUUAGGCUAGUAGUGAUAUAUGCAUGAGGACGAUUCAUUGCUAAUUCAUUUUAAUAAAGAUGCCAGCAUUCAAAUGUCCUUUUGCCAUCAAAGUAUGGUGGCACAAUAUCGUAAACGCAACUCACUUUAAUUCAAAGAUCAGAAAAAAAACGAACUUUUAUGAUGCCAACUGCCUUAAAAAAAUCACCUGAAGAACAAAGUAAGUCCCCUGUGGUGCAGCAGUGGCUGCUUUUAAUUUGUUUCCUUAUGCUUAUAUUCUUAUUAAUAUAAAUGAUAGUGCAGAAAACUAAAGUAAGCAUUUAAAUAAGUGGGAUUCCCUGAAAGCUGUGUAGUUCUCACACUGCUGGUGAGACACACUGAUGUGUAUGAUAUGUUUAAUGUUUUGGAUACUAUAGUCAGAAUGAAACUCUAUAAAUCUCUGUUGUAUUUAGGUGCAGAUGGAAAUCUCAAAAGAUUAAACAUAAAGUCAGAAAUGUCUGCAUGCCACUAAUAGAGGUAAUUAUUUCUGGAAAUAGUGGAGAUCAGGAGGAGGAUAUUACCUUUUAACAGCUGUACAAAACAAAAAUGAAGUUAGACUGAAGGGAAUGUGCUGUUAUCCACUAAAUUACCUGGAACCAGACUGUCAUGCAGGCAAAUGGAAUUUAUGGAAAUAAUAAUUGAACAUUUAAGGAAUUAAUGAAAAGUCAAUCAUAGAUAGUCGAUCUGCUAUCUAUAAUGAAUCUGCAUUACAAUGUGCCACGGAACACAAACUUGCUAGAGAAGUUUCUCAGCCUCCAGUCCAGUUUUACAAGAAAUGUUUUUGAGACCUUGUUGUUCAGGAUUUCUGCACUUAAGCCGAAAACCUCAAGUCAUUAUUACGAUUUUGUGAUUAUGUGUGGGAAACAUUUAUGCAGCAUCAACUAUGUAUCACUUACAAGGUGCUCCUUACUGUACAUUACUUGAAUAUCUACCAUCAUUUACUGUAUAUAUAAGUGUUUCUUCCACCUAAAACUUACUUAUAUUUUUACUGAUAAUAACGUGUGAUGUAUUUCAAAUAUUAUUUCAUGUAUUUCAGCAUUGUUGACUAACUUGCUGCCAGAUCACAGAUUAAUGAAAUGUUCAGCUGCAUUGACUUUACUUUUUGCCCUCUGGACUACCUCUGAACACAGACAAGCCUGGGUCAUGUCUGGGAAGCCCUCAGCUAACUGUGGCUCAUAGUUUCUAUCAGGCCUUCAGGCGAUGUGGAUCAUAAAAUCUUGAAAUAACUGUCUAACUAGUACUGUUGUAGUCCACGCAUCUCAUCUCACUACAUUCAUAUGACCAGAAGUGAAUGGAAGUCAGCCUGAAGGGUGCCUCUUCAUCGAACGACAGCUGAGUCAAUGUGUGCUAUUUAAGGGUCAUUCAAUAGAAAAUCAACCAAAUCUGUAAGACGUUCCCACCCGACCGCCUCAGAAUCAGCUGAUUUUUUUUCUCUUUUUUUUUGUACAAUAACUUCAAUACCGGGCUUUGCAAAAGUUCUGUUACACGGUUUCAUGAUCUUUAGAGACGUUUACAUGUUGGAGUGAAAAAUUCCAU